AUGUUGUUUGCAAAAUACCAUUUAAACAGCAGCAAGAGUAAAAGCUCUGAAGUGCUGGGCAAUUUGGAUGCCUUAUUAAAAGUGCUGAAGAUGUUCAGAUUCUGGAUUUACCUGCCUUUCCAUCUUCUCGUGGCCAUGUGUUUGUGUCAUUCUAUAAAGGUGCCCACCAGUUCCCAACACAGCUUUAAGAGUGAUCUCUUCAACUGUAAUCAUUCCCUGAUUCUUGCAGACGGUAAGGAAACCACAGUCCACCUGUUGAAGGAUAUACCUAAAAGGUACUGUUUCAUUCUGGAGGAAGACAGAGCCCCAGCUCCUUUCACGGUAACCGUGACACCCUGUGAUGUUCCCAUUGAAUGGAGUAUACUGGUACAUAAGGCAUCAACAAACUUCCUUGGAAAAGCAGCACGUGGUGAUUAUGACACUCUUGAAGCCACAAAAUCGCAGAAGAUUCCAAAGUUGGUGUCCAUGAUAUUUAACUAUAAAGGAAAUUCUGUGGAGACUUAUAUGGGUAUGUCUUCCUAUUCUGCUUUCUAUAUGCUGGAGUUCCUAUCAAUUGAACGAGACACACACAUUACUGUAUACUUAACAACUGACACAACAUCUGGGCAUCUGUAUCCAGAACUUCCAUUAGAUCCACGCAUAGAUGUUAUCGGUAUUGGCCAUGCAACUGUGACUCUAGCUUGGAAACACAGCCCAUCGGUCUUAAAGCACAAAGAAAACAUCCAGUAUUGUCUUCUCGUCAAUGAAAAACACAACUACAAGAGUUUAUGUGCAGCUGAGACAGCUAUCAGAUCUUCAGGUAUGAAAUCGCCACCAGCGCUAGCUCUUUCUCUCUUUCCAUAUCUUCUAGACCAUCAACAGGUGAUGAUACUGUCCAAUAGUGAAUUAAGUAUCAUCAACAGGGUUAGUAAUGGGGAAGUGAGGCAGAUAUGCAUGGGCACCAAGAAUACUUAUACAGUGCCCAACCUUAGACCCAGCACUCAAUAUUACUUCGAUGUUUUUGUAGUCAACCUCCUCACUAAUGCAAGUGCUGCCUACACUGGAACAUUUGCAAGAACUCUUGAGGAACCUGAGCCUAAAGUUAUUGAGCUGAAGGAUGGGAAGGUAAUUCAUCUAACCCUGGAUGGGAAAAAGCAGAAAUUCUAUAGCUUGCAGUACCAGGCUAGACACAAGAAGAUCCAAUUCAUCUUUCAAUCUUGUAGUGGCCAAGUAGGGGUUCAGAUAACAAGGAAUGGUAAAGUACUGGCCUCAGAAAACAUUGCAGGCUUCAGACAUUUCUCACUGAAGGGAAAGCUGCUGGACACAUAUUUGGUGCAGCUAAGGUCCAUGGACCAUACUAAUUCUUCUGUGAAAGUUCAAGUAUCCUCUCACUUCCACAAGCCUUUUUUCCCACUUCUUCCAGAAAGCUUAAAAAUCAAGUCCUUCAGUAAACUGAGGACCUGCAAUUCAGUCACCAUUGCCUGGCUAGGAACACAAGAGCAGAGCAAGUACUGUGUGUACAAGAAAAGGAUCAAAGAGGAUCAAGUUUGGAUGGAGGUGAGGAGCGCAGACAGGUGCUCAGGGCCCAAAUCCAGACACAACUCUGAGAAAGUGCUGUGCAAAUAUUUCUAUGAUAUAAAUCUACGACGAGCAGUCACCACACAGACCAUCAAGGGAUUGGAAGCAGGGACUCUCUACCUGUUUGAUGUUUAUCUAACUGAACCUUCUGGGAUCCCGGUCAGGUAUCACAGUAAAGUUGUGAAGACCAGGAAAAAAUGUUGA